AUGGCCUCCGAUUGUGUCCUCUGCGACGCGGGGAAAGAUAAAAAUCGUUUACGCAAAGCCAAUGUCAAGAGCGUCGACGGCCAGCGGGCAGAGUCGAGAGCGGGGUCGACGACCGCGAUAGCAAACGAAACGCACAGUCGCAGACGCGUUCAGAGCGCUCCUCCACCACUCGUGGACUGGUCUGGGGUUCCGACGUUGGUGUUGGCCGUGGUGGCACUGGUGGCGGCGGCUACAGCCCUUUUGGCGCGAUCUUCGGACACCAAGCGUCCAGCACGGCUGCCCGGCCCACCGGCGCUGCCAUUCCUCGGCACCAGAUGGCUGUUCUGGAGCCGCUACAGGAUGAACAAGCUGCACGAAGCUUACGAAGAUAUGUUCAGGCGAUACGGGCCGGUGUUCGCGGAGACGACGCCUGGGGGCGCCACAGUGGUGUCCAUAGCGGAGAGGGCGGCGCUCGAGGCGGUGCUCCGUACCCCGGCCAAGAGGCCCUACCGGCCCCCCACGGAGAUUGUGGAGGUCUACCGCAAGAGCAGACCCGACCGAUACGCCUCGACGGGACUGGUCAACGAACAAGGUGAAAAGUGGUUCCAUCUGCGGCGCCACCUCACCUCCGAGCUCACCAGCCCUCACACGAUGCAAGGUUUCCUGCCGGAGUUGAACAGCAUCUGCGACGACUUCCUGACUCUCCUCAAGUCCUGCCGUAGGCCAGAUGGCACCGUGAACGGCUUCGAGCAAUUAACUAAUCGAAUGGGACUCGAAUCCGUCUGCGGAUUGAUGUUGGGAACCAGGCUGGGAUUCCUUGAGCGAUGGAUGUCUGGUCGAGCAGCUGCGCUCGCGUCCGCCGUGAAGGCCCACUUUAGAGCCCAAAGGGACUCUUACUAUGGGGCGCCAUUGUGGAAGUUCGCACCGUCCAACCUGUACAACACCUUCGUGAGGAGUGAGGAGACGAUACAUAUGAUAGUAUCUGAGCUGAUGGACGAGGCGAUGUCCCGGGCGGCUGGUUCCGCGCAGGACGACGGUAUGCGUGAGAUCUUCCUCAAGAUCCUCGCCAACCCAGAGCUGGACACGAGGGACAAGAAGGCCGCCGUUAUCGACUUCAUCACCGCCGGCAUUGAAACGUUGGCGAACAGUCUCGUGUUCCUGCUGUACCUGCUGAGCGGACGUCCAGACUGGCAGCAGAAGAUCCGCUCGGAGCUGCCGGCCUGCGGGCAUCUGCGCGUCGAAGAGUUGGCCGCCGCGAGCUCCCUACGAGCCGCCACCACCGAGGCGUUCAGGCUGCUGCCCACCGCGCCGUUCCUUGCGCGCCUCCUGGACGCUCCGAUGACGGUGUCCGGGCAUCGGUUGCCAGCUGGGACGUUCGUGUUGGCGCAUACGGGCGCGGCGUGCCGCAGGGAGGAGAACUUCUGGCGUGCGCAGGAGUACCUGCCCGAGCGCUGGUGCCGCGUGCGGGAGCCCCACGCUGCGGCCCUGGUGGCGCCGUUCGGCCGCGGCCGCCGCAUGUGCCCCGGCAAGCGUUUCGUCGAGCUGGAGCUCCACCUCAUACUGGCCAAGAUAAUGCAGCAAUGGCGCGUCGAGUUCGACGGGGAGUUGGACAUCCAAUUCGACUUCUUGCUGUCGCCAAAGUCGCCAGUCUCUUUGCGAUUAGUCGAGUGG